CUUUCAUUCCUUUCAAUUUGUCUUUGAUCAAGUUGUACACGGCUUGUUUGAUUAUUUCUUUUGAAAUCGUUAUCCACGUUUUAGAUAUGAAAGUAUAUGAUGUUUGUGUUAUAAAAGUGAGGCGUUGAAAGUUUUUGGGGAACUAAUUGUGUUAGCAAUAUGGAGACUCCUUCUAUGGACACAAUUUACCAAGCCAUUCAUGCUUUGUACGAUAACCCCAAUGCUAGCGAAAAAGAAAAGGCCUCUAUUUGGCUAGCAGAUAUACAAAAAUCUAUUCACUCAUGGAAAAUAGCUGAUGAACUAUUGCAACAAAAAAAAGAUGUACAGUCGUGCUAUUUCGCGGCACAAACGAUGAGGUCUAAAGUGCAACACAACUUAUCUGAAUUACCUUCAGAGGCCAUUGUAUCACUUCGGGACUCCCUAGUAGCUCACCUGGAGCGUACUUCUCCAGACACGAGUGCCGCCAUCCUGACACAGCUCAGUCUGGCGCUAGCAGACUUAGCCUUACAAAUGACAGGAUGGCAGAACUGUAUAGGGGAUUUAAUAAAGAAAUUUACAAACAAUAAUUUUGCACUAUUAGAAAUACUUACAGUUCUACCUCAAGAAAUAGAUUCGUCUAGCUUGAAACUUGGCGAGAACAGACGGGAGGAAAUCAAGUCGGAAUUAAGGUCAAACUCUCAUAUAGUAACUUUAUUUCUUAAAGAAAGCAUAAUUAGUUCACAGAACACUAGUGUAUCAUUGAAAAUAAUUAAGUGUAUGACGUCAUGGAUACAAGUGAGAGCGGUCAAUAUUCAGGAAAUACCAAACAAUGCCGUGAUCGGGUUUUGUUUGCAAGUGUUGAGAGAUCACAAUUCAAUAAAUACGUUACACGACGCUGCAUCCGACUGUAUAUGUGCUUUAUUACAUUGUUUAGAAGAAAAUAAUAAUAAUGAGAAUGUGGAGAGGCUACUGUUUGAUAGUGUGUCAGCCCUAGAGGAGAGUUACCACAUGGCCGUGGCUCACGAGAACGAGGAGAAGGCUGCCAACUAUGCGAAGGUGUUCACAGAGUUGGCUGAAACAUUUUUAGAGAAAAUCAUUGCGGCUACAGCAAGUAGGAAUACACAUUUUGCAAUGAGAUCACUAGAAUUGGCUCUUGUAUGUGUUGGACACCAUGACUAUGAGGUUGCCGAAAUAACCUUCAACUUGUGGUACCGACUGUCGGAGGAGGUUUAUCAGAAUGACUACCAGCCCCUGACAGAUGUAUUCAAACCUCACAUAGAGAGGUUAAUAGAGGCCCUCGCAAGACAUUGUCAGUGUGAGCCCGAUCAUACACAAUUGCCUGAAGAGGGUGAUGAAUUCUAUGAGUUUCGGAUGAAGGUGAUGGGCCUGAUAAAGGACGUGGUGUUCAUCAUCGGAUCGACUAACAAUCCCUGUUUCCGCCAGAAUUAUAUAGAAGAAUAUGAAUAUGUCCCAAAAGUGGUGGAAGCAAUACUCUCCAUGCCAGAGAACACACACGUGGCGGUCCGGAAGACGUGCAUUUUACUGCUGGGGGAGCUCUGCGAGUGGAUCGAGAGACAUCCCGAGGGUUUGGAGCCCUGCCUCCAAUUCCUCAUUACAGCACUAAAUGAUUCACAAUUAACAUUCGCGGCUGCUACAGCGUUACAGAGCAUGUGCUCGGCGUGCCGCGCGCGGGCCGGCGAGCAUGUGGGGCUGGUGAUGGGCGCGGCGCGGCUGGCGCUGCCCGCGGCCGCCGCCGUCAGCGUCGCCCGCGCCCUCGCCGCCGCCAUCAGCCACCUGCCCCCCGACCAGGCAUCGGCGGCGAUGGAGGAGGCGGUGGCGCUGCAGCUGGAGGGGCUGGAGGGCGUGAUGCGCGCGGCGGCUGCCGGGGAUGCCGUCGAUGCUAGCGUGUGCGUGGAGGCGGCGGCGUGGCUGGACCGGCUGGCGGCGCUGUUCCGCGACGUGGAGGCGCCGCCGGCCGCCGCCAACGCGCUGCACCCCUGCCUGCCCGCGCUGCACCGCGCCUGGCCGCUGCUGCAACGCGUCCUCGACAGGCUGGGCGCGGACGGGCGCGUGGCGGAGCGCUGGUGCCGCGCGGUGCGGUUCGCGGCGCGCGCGGCGGGCGCGGGCGGCGUGCAGCGGCUGCAGCUGCUGCAGCCGCUGGCCGGCGCGCUGGCGGCGCUGUACGCGCGGCGCGCGCACUCGUGCCUGCUGUACCUGGCCGGCGUGCUGGUGGACGAGCUGGCGCGCGCGCCGGCCGCCGUGCCGCCGCUGCUGGCGCUGCUGCACGCGCUGCUGCCGCGCGCCUUCGCGCUGCUGCGCGCGCCCGCCGGCCUCAGGGACAACCCCUACACCGUCGACGACCUCUUCCGCCUCUGCAUCAGAUUCCUACAGCGUGCGCCGCUGCAGUUCCUGGCGUCGGAGGCAGUGGCGGCAACGGUGCAGUGCGCGGUGCUGGGCUGCUCGCUCGACCACCGCGAGGCCAACUCCUCCGUCAUGAAGUUCCUGCACGACCUGGCGCGCGCCGCCCGCGACACCCGCCCCGACCGCGCCCCCGUCAAAGCACUAGCCAGCGAGGUGAUAACGAGGUACGGCGAGGAGAUCACGUACGCGCUGCUCGAGGCGAGCGUGCUGCAUCUGCACCCGUACAUGCUGUCCGAGGUGGCGGAGGUGCUGCUGGAGCUGAUCGCCUGGCAGAAGGCGGCCGGCGUCGACUGGGUGCAGCCCUCGCUACAGAAGCUGCCCCGCGACAGGAGCGCCGUCGCCACCGAGCAGCAGUGCUGGCAGUUCCACCAGUACGCCAUGAGUGCAGAGAAAUGUAAAGAAAUGACCAGGCUACUACGUGACUUCGCGAGACUCUACCAGUAAACCACGGACGUGACCCGUGGUCCCUGCAGUGUGCACAGUGAACUCAGCGCAGCGGCAUAAGACUGAUCUGACGGCUAACGACGACUAAUAAAGUGAUACAACUCCAGUGAACACAAUUAGAUCAAAUUGACUCUAUAAUGACUGCCUUUCACUUCCAUUAACGGAUGUAGUUUUACUGUAGAAACGUGCUAAAGGUACGAGUGGUCAUAACACAAGCAAUAAUAUUGUAUUAACAGAUGUUUAUCAUUAUUUGUUCAUUAUAUUGCAUAGCAACUCAAUUGAUUAAUAAAUAAUAAAUAAACAAGCUAAGUGUAAAUGUUCAUCAUAUAAUAAAAAGAGCUUCUAUAGCUAGAUCGAAAUUUGCUGAUGUUCCCGACGUCAAUGUUACUCAAAUAUCAAAUACAUACUCAAGGACUCGGUAUACAAAAAUUUGAAAUACACAGUACUCGAAUAAAGUACUUGUGGGACUCAAAUAUUAAUUACGGAAUUUUAAUUUUUAAUUUUGUUUAUUAUUCGUGCAUUUUAUUCAAGCCAACGCUAUCCCAGGCCAUAUCCUUGACCUCCCUAUACGACAUGACACCUAGUGUUUCCUUUAUCUGUCCCAUGUAGUUAUUCCUCGGUCUUCCUCUUCCUCUUUUGCUCUAUAUUUUUCCCUCUACUAUGCUUUUUAUAAAUUUCUCAUGUCGUCUAAGGUGGCCCAGCAUUUUGCCUCUUCUAUUCUCUAUUGUUUUUAUUAAUGUUCUUUUCUCAUUUACCCUUUUCAACUUUAGAUGUCAAUUGAAAAAUUGUUCAAGUCAGAUAAAGAGCAUGAAUACCGAUUACAGUAUUCGAGUACUGAUCAGAGUCCCCACGCUCGAGUAUUUUUUUUUAACGAAUACACAAAUUUCUAAUAUUCACUAGCCCUAACAGCAAUCAAGACUUUAAUAGUCUAAUGUUAUGUUAUAAAUUUUCAAAUGAAAGGAUCAAUCCACUUGUAGCAUAUUACAGAACAGCAUUACUGAGAAUUGACUUUAAUUGUAAUUGGUUUUUUAUAAAUUAAAUAUGAACACUGUAUAAAAAUAGAUUUAUAUAAAUUAAUUUGAGACAAAUCAUAAUAGGACAACCGGAAUGAGUUGGGUAAGUAUGGACAGUUUCUACUGAUAAAUAUAUUUUGUUAUACUCUCUUUUAUUUCAAUGUGAUAAAGAAUGAUGAUUCAUUUGUAAAUAUUUAUUAUAAAUGUUUACUUUUA